AUGAUUGAUAACUCACCUGAUGACCUACCUUUAACUCACUUGGAGGAUGCACUAGAGUCCAAGUGUGAUAGUCCAAACACUCCUUCGCCAUCAAACAAACACAAAGUCAGUGGAAACAAGGAGAGAUCAACAACAACAGCAGCUGUGCCAAUACAAGAUGCAGCAGGUACACCUGGAAUUGAUGAUCUACUAUGUAUCGAUUCAAUCACUGGUUACAAGUACACAUUGAUUAGAGAAAUCCUAUAUUGGACAUUGGUCGUGAUCACUUGUGGAUUGAUCUAUGUUGGAUUCCACUGGUUCAAAUUAUUCCAACUCCGACUUAGACGAAAGUUAUGUACAUUGUCCGAAGCAACUGUCGUCCUAGUCUAUGGCAAUGACAAACGAUUUGAAAUAUGCAAUGUCACCUCUGUUUCAAGAGGAGGUGGAGUUGACAAAUUGAUCAUAUUCAGAUUCACAAGAUUCUUUUAUGAUGUUGAUCAAGAUGCCUAUAUCCAACCAAAGAUCAGGACAAUGUACAAUAUUGAGGAUUUGUACAAUAUGAUUGAUAAUGGAAUUAAUAAUGAUAUGUUCCAAACUCAGACUUAUUUGUUUGGAAAUAAUUUCAUUGAUAUUCCAUUGCGUAGUAUCCCAAGACUAUUGAUGGAGGAGGUACUUCAUCCAUUCUUCAUAUUCCAAUUGUACAGUGUAAUUCUAUGGAUGAAUGAACAAUACUACUACUACGCAGCCGCUAUCUUCUUGAUUGCAUCAGUCAGUUCAUGCCUCAGUCUCAAGGAGAUCCGAUCAAACCUCAUCUCAUUGAAGAAGAUGGCAUCAUUCAAUUGUGAUGUCAAUGUCUUGCGAAAUGGUGCAUUCUCCGUCAUCCCCUCAAGAAGUUUGGUACCAGGUGAUAUCGUCCAGUUGAAGCAGGACUCGGCCAUCCCUUGUGACAUGUCAUUACUCCAUGGCCAAAUCAUCUGUAAUGAGUCUAUGUUGACUGGUGAAUCAGUGCCCGUGACCAAACAUCCAUUGUUGACUCGUGAUCAGGUACUCCUGCGGUCAUCCCUAGCCGAGCCAAUCAACAUCCGAGAGGCCCGCAGCUGUCUCUAUGGUGGCACUGUCGCGGUCAAGAUCAUCCCACCAACACUCAACGCGCCAGUGUUGGCCAUUGUCAAGGAGACUGGAUUCCAGACGAGCAAGGGCAAGCUGAUCAUGUCCAUCCUCUACCCCAAGAAGUCACAUUUCAAGUUUGUCCAAGAGUCAUUCAAGUUCAUUGGAGUUCUGUGCUUUGUUGCACUUAUAGGAUUCGCUGUGGCCGUAUGGAGACUACGUGAUCUUGGUAAUGAUGCCGGUACUAUCGCCCUUAGAGCAUUGGACUUGAUCACGAUCGUCAUCCCACCUGCACUACCAUUGGCCAUGUCAGUUGGAACUGGAUUCGCAAUGGUUCGUCUGAGGAAGAGGAAGAUAUUCUGUAUCUCACCACCAAGACUCAACAUGGGUGGCAAGAUUCAAGUAUUCUGCUUUGACAAGACCGGCACUUUGACCGAGGAGGGACUGGACUUUUACGCUGUGUUGGCUGCCACCCCAAGCACAGACAGCUCUCCACCAUUCUUUGGUGAGCUGCUCACUUCAAUCGAUCUCCUAGACCACCGUGUGUUCAAGAUGAUCAUGGCAGCAUGUCACUCAUUGACCAGGAUCAACAACUCAAUCACUGGUGACCCACUUGAAGUCAAGAUAUUCCAGGCAUCGGGCGCAUACCUCAAUGAGUCACCCGAGCGCACCACUCUCACAUAUGAAGCAUCGACAAGUCUGGCAGGUGAGAACCUCACCUACAUUGAGAGGUUCGACUUCCAGUCAAGUCUUCAAAGAAUGAGUGUGUUGGUGUCCACGGCCAAGGGUGAGGGAUUCUCAUUCGUUAAGGGCUCCCCAGAGAUCAUCAAGACACUCUCAGUGUCAUCAUCAAUCCCCGCCGACUAUGACCAACAACUAUCACGCUACACGGAGAAGGGAUACAGAGUACUUGGAUGUGCCUACAAGACUGGCAACUACGCGAAUAUAACCAAUCGUGAACAGGUCAGAGCUGAAGCAGAACAGGGUUUAGUGUUUGUUGGGUUCAUCAUCAUGGAGAAUAAGAUGAAGCCAGAGUCCAAGGGAAUCAUCGCCACAUUACAUCGAGCCAACAUCAGGACGAUCAUGGUUACAGGUGACAACCCAUUGACAGCAGUCAGUGUUGCCAAACAGUGUGAGAUAGUUGGCAAUGAUGCUGCACUGUUCAUUCCUUAUGAAGUUGAUGGUGAUUAUGCCUGGCGCAACAUCACUGAAUCAAUCGAUCAGGACACCCUACUUUGCAAGCAACAAUUGGAUCAGUACACACUCAAGUUGGAGAAUGAUGACGUCAGCUCUUACUCACUGGCUGUCACUGGACCAUACUUCAAGCGUGCCUACACCAACUACCUUCAUACAGGCAAUCCAAAGUUCAUUCAAAUGUUGCGACGAGGUGUGAUCUACGCGAGAAUGUCACCAGAUCAGAAGCAAACACUCGUGGAGGAACUUCAACGCAUUGGAUUAUACGUUGGAAUGUGUGGCGAUGGUGCCAAUGACUGUGGCGCACUCAAGUCAGCUCAUGUGGGUGUCUCCCUCUCUGAGACCGAAGCAUCAAUCGCCGCACCAUUCACAUCGACCACCCCCAACAUCUCAUGUUGCCCCACUGUGAUCAAAGAAGGUCGUGCAUCACUGGCGGUCUCAUUCAAGUUGUUCCAGUUCAUGGGCAUGUACUCAUUGAUCCAAUUCAUGAGUGUUAUCCUACUCUACUUCAUUGGAAGUGUGCUUGGCAAUUGGCAAUACUUGUAUCAAGACCUCUGGGUCAUCUUCCCACUUGUCAUCUUCAUGGGCAUGACCAAACCCUCGGAGAAACUAUCCAAGAGACGACCAUCAGGUAGAUUAAUAUCCGGUGCCAUCGUGGGAUCAGUGUUGGUACAUGUCCUGGUCUGUUUUGGCUUCCAACUAUUUGUCUUCUUCCUCGUCCGAAGUCAAUCAUGGUACAACGAAGACGUAGUCGACGAGGACUUCAUCGUCACAUACCUCACGACAGCACUCUUCGUAUAUGGCAACUUCCAAUAUCUCAUCAUGGCUCUCUCAUUCUCAUUUGGCAAGCCAUUCCUAAGGCCCUUAUACACAAACAGUAUAUUGUUUGUAAUAUUCUUGAUAGCACUGUCAACAUCGAUAUUGUUGCUGUUUGUACCAACGGAUAAGGUUUGGGAGUUUGCUCAAAUGUUGGUGUUCCCAGUAUCAUUCAGAUUCAUAUUGUUUGGAAUCAUUGGUGCCAAUCUUGUAGCCAAUAUCUUUGUAGAGUUCUCAUUCGUCUUUUACAAACUAAGAUCAAAGAAGAAGAAGAACUUCCAAUACAACAUAAUAUUCAACAAACAAGCACCCAAAGAUCCAAGAAUAACUGAUGAGAAUAUGUUACUUUGA